AUGCAAGAAAUCCCUCGUUUGAAGCUUCGGCCUCACAACAACCCACUUCCAAAAGCCUUCCGUAUUUGGCCUCCGUGUACGACCCGAUAUUCCGGCGCAAGCUCCGGUCUUCAACGGUCCGCGUCCGAACUAUAUCGCCUUUUAUCUCCCGGUUCUCUCGAGAGCUCUGGUCUUGGUGUUGCCCCUCGGCACACUCGAAGUGCGGGGUUGACGAUCUGGGAUUGUCAGAGCUUAUCAUAUGACUACCAAUUGGACAAUCACAUUGUCCCGGCCUUCAGUAUUGGAACCGAGCUCAACAAGAGCUGCGGUAGCCUCAACGGCAUUUGCGCCACUACGAAGCUUGUGCGACUUGGAAUAAGCCCAUGUCGCCGUCGACCUUGGGUCCUCGACGCCUACAAGGGCAUAUUCGACCUCAAUCAAUGGACGGAUUACCUAUCAUUCCAUGUUGGACCAAAGACACGAUGGACCAUGCCGCUCUGGUGUACCCUGGAGUUGCGACAAAAUAUCCAUACUGGCGACUAG